AUGUAUGGAGGCAAAACUGGCGACACGCUAAAGCGCUUUAAGGAACACAAGUGCUCAUCCUCACAUCUCGGAUCCAAAGGAGAGAUGCGAGGCACGUUUUUCCUCGCUGUGCAGGCACAAUACGCUAACGCUUUGGAACAAGAUGUUCACGCCAAACUAUGUGAGCUUGGCUUUCCCUAUCCUACGGUGAAUACCGAGAAUCACGCUGUUUUCCACCUAAGCAUUCAACAAAAUUCGCUUCCACUUAUCCACGAAGCCCUGAUGCAAGCUGGUAAAGCGUAUCCGGUCCCAAAUGCAGCACCAACGGUUGAAUCCCCACCACUCACUUCAAGCAGCGACGAGGAUCGUAGAUCACAGUCACAACAGGAACAGGACAACGUUGCAAGUUUAAACCAACAACCGAUUCCGACGUAA